AAUCCCUAUCGAAAGCUGGGGAAAACAUUUUUAUUGGAACAUCGGCCACUAAUGUACCAAUACUAAAAAUGUCAUGCUUCAAGCUCCUCAAGGAAAACUGUAGACGCUUAAACAGUCAUAUCGCAAAGUUUUGGUGGGGUACGACACAAAAUUCAGAACACCCAAUCCACUACUUGUCUUGGAAAAGUCUAGUUCACAACAAAUUCCAUAGAGGUCUUGGAUUCAGAGACUUUGAAGCCUUCAAUCAAGCGUUGCUAGCUAAAAAUUUUUGGAGAAUAUGGACCAAUCCAAAUUCACUUCUCUCAAAGAUUUAUAAGGGUCGAUACUUUACUCAAUGCUCAGUGUUGGAAGCAUCAAUCGAAUCAAACCUUUCGUGGGGAUGGAGAUGUCUACUCUUUGGAAGAGACCUGCUCCUACAGGGACUAAGAUGGCAAAUAGGCGAUGGGCAAAGAACUCGGGCAUUCUUUGAUAACUGGAUCCUGGGGAAUAAACCCUUAACCCCGAGUACCCGGCCCCAUAUUCAAAAUGGAUCACCUAUGGUAUCUUAUUUCAUAAAAGAAGGCCAAGGGGAAUGGGACAUACCAAAACUCCAGAGUUGCUUUGAACCUCAAUCUGUUGAUCUCAUUAGGAGAAUUCCUCUUCCUCGUUACUUACAGGAAGACAUUAGAGUGUGGCACUAUUCCAAGGAUGGAAAAUACACAGUCAAAUCAGGUUAUCACUUAGCUUUGGAAAUAACAUUGGCAUCAAGCCGAAAAACCAAUAGUACAUAUCAUCGACCCUCCUAUUUGGAAAAGACUUGGAAUAUCCAAGUCUCGCCUAAGCUCAAACUCUUCAUAUGGCAAUGCCUCAAAGUCAUACUUCCCAUAGUAGCGGCCCUUCAAACUCGUGGAGUAAACUGCCUUAACCGAUGCCCUGUCUGCUGGAGACAUCGAGAAAGCAUUGAACAUUUAUUCUUCAGAUGCCCCCCCUAGCCAUCAGAUUGUGGACUUUAGUGGGAUUGAGCAACUUUAUUGAGACAACUCAGACUGUUAACUUUAGUCUAUGGUGGCGACAUGUCAUGGUCUCUGAGACCUCUCCAUUCCACAUUCUCCAAUGUGUCUGUUUACUUUGGAGAAUCUGGAAGUAUAGAAAUAAAGUGACCUUCGAAUUUUACCAACCUUAUGUCCGUUCCCUAGCCAGACAGUUCUACAUCCAGGUCCUCGAAGUCCCCAAUCUUCUCCUUCCUCCUCCACCCCGCAGCUCUCUACUCCCAAACCAUCCUGCCACCACUUGGGUCCCUCUGACAGAAGACUUUUUGAAGAUCAACUUCGACGUUGUUGUUUGUGCCACCGGGUGUUCGUCUGGGCUUGUUAUCCUUGGGUCAGACGGGCAUGUGGUGUUGGCGUUCGGGCUGCAGCAUCAAGGAAUAGACAAUCCUUACCUGGCAGAGCUUCUAGCCUUUAGAGACGCUUUCUCCAUCGUAGCCUCAAGAUCCCUGACCCUCGUGAUAGUCGAAGGUGAUUCUGAACUGGUCGUCAACCAAGUCUGUCUAGGCGUCAUAGAAGACUCGAUUGGUGGUCCGCUGUUAUGAGAGUGUCAUCAGAUCCUUAGCUCUUUGUUUGUUUGUAUAGAGUUUAGGGCGGUACCUAGGUCCGCCUAUAGUGCUGCCUAUAGAGUGGCGCGUAAAGCACUGCUUUUGUCUCGUUUAGAGCUAGAAUCUUUUGAUUUUUUGCGGUGGCUUCUUUAGAGUCUUUUAGGGGUCCUGGGUAGAAUUGUAAGUUUAACUAUUAUCCUCCAUCGAUAUCACUCAGAAAUAAAAAAAACCACAAACCAUAAUUGGCAUCCGGGUAGUUAACACAAAUGGUAACAAAACUAUUCACUUUGU